AUGGUUGAGGAUGGUAGUGAGGGGGUAGCGGUGGUGGUAGGAGAUCUUGAGGAGGUCCUGGACAUGUGCAGCCUGGAGCCGGGCAUGGAAGCUGAAAAUGCAACUCAGCAUCCAGGACAUAUUCUUACCAGAGGCGACAACUGCAUAAAAAGACGUACCAAAGCUCAAAAGGCCACUGACGAUCAAUGUGAAGAAGAGGAGAAGGAGGCAAGUCAAGCAGCUAUACAGGAAACUCAUAAGUGCAUUGCAGCAUUUCAGAAGCAGUUGCAGACAGACCAAGCUGCUGCAUGUGCUGAUGCACCUAAGCCUAGUCGUCCUCGUCCUCAUCUGGUGAAAAAGGCUGCAAAAGCUCCAGAAACCACUGACUUGACUACAGCUGCCAAUAAGGCUGUUGGUGCUAAAGGUAAGGGUGGCAGGGCUGAUAAAUCAGCUGCCAGUGCCAAUAUUGAGCAUCCUGGGAGUGAAGAAGAUGAGGAGUUGGAGGUGCAGAUGCCAGGAGGAUGCACAAAGAAGAAGGGAAAGAGGACAGUGAUACCAGUGAAAACACCUGUGAGAGAUGCAAUUGAUGUGGCGGGUGCCCUUAUCGCCAGUGAAUCAACACAGGCACAUGAUGAUGAUAAGUUGUCUGACUUGGAUGUCUCUCCACUGGCUCCUAAAAAAUUCGGUCUUGCUGGUCAUAUUCUGAAUUGGAUGUCAAGUAUUCCCAUUGGUGGUUCAAAGCCAUUCUCCAACUUGAAGCACAGAUCUUCUGGAGCGCUUUCUGCUAUCUCUAGUACCACUCCCUCCUCUAAGCUUACUAGGGGGAGCACUAUGAGUAGCGGUGGUGCUUUACUCACACCUAUCCAUACCCCCAAUGUUGGGCCCAAUGACAUGUCAGACCUUUUUACAACCCUUUUUGCAGACAAUGAAUUAACUGAUUCAGCCAAAUGCUCUCAAGUGCUUGCUCAUAUGUCAAAAUUAAAGGCUGCUCAGGGUGUCAAAAUUUCUCAGAAGGAUUCUAUACCUCAGAUGAACUUAGCCCAUCGCAAUGCCAAUCCAACACCCAAGCAGCUCAACCAGAUUGAGCCUGAUAUCACUGCUGAUGAUAGUGCCUUCAAUAUUGUGGACGACAACCUUGAAAUGAAUGUGAAGACCGCACCUGUAGUAACUUCCCUUGUUGACUAUGAUUCCAACAAUGCUGACCUCUGGCCUCCACAUAUUGCUCCAUCCUACUCAUCCCACUCUACUGGUGUCAAGCGCAAACUCAUAGAUGCUGAGGAUGCCUUAACUGAAGAUGACUUGAUCGAGGACAAUCUACUUGAGGACAAUCUUUUUGAGGACAACCUCAUGAUUAUGGAUGACUUUGUGAUUGAGGACAACCUCAUGUUAAUGGAUGUGAUCGAGGACGACGACCUCAUGAUCACGGAUCAGCAGGUUGAGGAAGACUCACCCUCCUCUGAUAUUGAAUUUGUGGGUCACGUCAAGUGUGUGGUCAAGCCUGAGCCUGUGGUCAAGACCGAGUACAAACCAGUGUCCUUGCGGUUGACUUCUACAGUAACCAGCAUCAGUGUCAAACGCAAUGCCCCCACAGCAAAGCGGCUGAAGUCUUCUCACAGUGUGUCCAGCAUCCCAAGUACCAUAAAACUUGAGGCUGGUCCCACAAAUCCCUUAGAGGUGACAGUGGAGAUCCUCCCCUGUUCUUUGUAUAGGAUCAAGCACCUUCCUGGAGGACCUCGGGCAGUGGCUAGGUGGAGUUCCGUUUUCAUCCCUACUCUCAUUUCCGCUAUCGGAGAUCAGGAUGAAGUCUGGGGCCAUAUCGAGUUGGAAGCCUUAUUCCAUGCUACUUUACAGGACACCUGGGAUGUGGUCUAUGAAGAUACCCCCCACACUAUCACAAAUGAUGGACCUGUUAUGGCUAUAGCUCUCCAACAGCUAUCAGAGUGGUGCAAUGGGAUUGGCUCCACGGCUGUCACAGUAUUCACCAACUUCAUGUUGUUGCAAGAUGAUGUCAAGACCAAUGAAGAUUGCAAAGGAUUUGCAGAGAGCUUACUCGUCAACCUAGUGUUCCUGUUCUUGUACAGCACACAUGCGCCACUUGGGGUGCUAUUGACAGCCAUCACAAAAGAAUGCAUGCGAAAGGCGCUCUCAGUCUUUGUACUGCAGCAGCAUAUGGAAUGCACCAUACGCCUUAUCACUUCCAAGACACUUGUCAGUGAAUUAGAGGUGAACAGUGAAGGCAAGGCCGUCAAGGUCCCUCACUCUAUGAACAAGUUCUCAGGCAAGAUCAGCAGCUCUUGA